AUGGUCGUAUUAAUUAUUCAUCCAGGCAGGUUCCUGCGUCUCACGUGGUGGUCUCACUACUGGUGUGUCCUCAACCAGAUCACGUGCUGCAUCAGCUGCUACAAAUCUCCACAAAAUCCAAAAAGAAUAAAAGAUUUUUAUUUGAACGGCAAACAUCAAGUCAUCUUAGGAGACAGGGUGGGUAGAAUAAGCUUACCUCCUUGGUUGAGUCGUGACAACAUGCUCAGCAUUGUUUCCAACAGGAAAAAAAUUAUUUUCUGCUGUGGCCACACAGGAGAGGCUGAAGCAUGGAAAGAAGUGCUGGAUUCAUUUAGGACAGAAUAUUUUCCCUGGAGAUCAGCAGUAACAAACAGAAUUAUUAAAAAUCUUCACAAACUACCCGAGGAAGCUCUAAACCAAUACAAUCAGUCAUUGUACGAGCAUGGAAGAUUUAAAAGGCCUGGAGAAUUGCUGGCUCAUCAUUUUAAACAUUUGGGAAUAGAUGAUAAUUUUGACGACUUUGAGCAACUCUGUUUCUGCAAAAAUGCAAAGCCAGCAGCUGAAGAACAACAGCUGGAGGAAAUAUGCUCAGAAUCUUAUAUGGUGCCAAAUUAUGCACAAGCUCAGUUCAAUAACAUGGCACUUGCACCAUACUAUGGACAUCCACAGAUGACUAUGCCGUAUUUUCAACUCGGUAAAACAUUUAGAAAAAUUGUUUUUCAACAGUUUUGA